ACGAUUUCCCAUUAGCAGGUUUACUCGGGAGGCAUCGAUUUUGAGGCACAGAAAUUACAUUUGCAGCAAGUCAACGCAGUACGUCGCGUUCACCGUGUCAACCGUGACUUUUGUCCCCCUGGCCACAUUUCUUCACCCAAACCUUCUCAUUUCCAAGGUCAGCAAGAUGACAACCAUCAGGUUUGGGAGCAGCAUUGGACCAUCUCUGCUGGCCCGCUCUGCAGAGAGUUCUUUGGUCAAAGAACCCGCUGAAAAGGGCGACUUUGACCCAGAUAAACUCUGCCAGUGUCCAUUUGAUAAGAGCCAUCAAAUCCGGGCUUGUCGCCUCUCGUACCACCUUAUAAAAUGCAAGAAGAACCAUCCACAACUGGCCAAGGAGCUGAAAACCUGCCCCUUCAAUGCUUGCCACCUGGUCCGGAAGCAUGAACUCGCCCACCAUAUGGAAACUUGUCCCAACAGGAUUCUGGCGGGCACAACGGAGGGUACAACUGAAGUAUGGAGAAAAUGGGAGGUUCCGGUCAGGCCACACUCGGUGUGCACCAGCGACAUGACCGAAGACUGGGAUAAGGAAGUCGACGAGGCAGCCGUUCCAUUUAUUUGGGGUGAAACCACGUUGACCGGUGUGCAUCAGGGAUCAGAAGCCCAGGCCUCCAACAGGAUCGGAGCAUCGUUCCGAGGACCAUUUUCCCUCCCAUGGUAGUUUAAAAUGUCAUUUUAUUGGUUGUCGUUGAGACCAGUUCAUGGACGUUUCCUUUUCUAUCGAUCUUGGUUUUCAAAUGUUGCAUGUUUUUGUUUUUAAAAAGUUAUUCUGUGUUCUUUGCUGUUAUUAGUAGUGGUUUUGUGUGUGUGUGUUUGUGUUUUUUGUGUUUUUGUGUGUGUUCAACAUCUUGGGUGAUAUUUGUGAUAGUGAAAUCGCAAAUGCUCAGUAAAUGUAAGGGGAGUUAAUGUUUGGCAAUGUUUGUGGAGCUCAUCUAAAAAAAAUAAAAAAUAAAAAAAAAAAUCUUAAAUUGUCAUUGGAUGACCACUAGAUGGCAAACCAUUAGUUUCUUGUAGGCAAUUCCAUGCUUUCGACUGGAUUGUCAACGGGUAGGAGAAAUAAAAGGAUACCGUACUUAUUACAUAGUGAUUUUUUUUUCUUUGCAGCAGUGAACAAUUCAUAUAUUUGUUAUAAUGAAUUUGAUAAUGUGGUGAAUUUCUUUACAUUUAAUAACGACUAAAAAUAAUGCAGAGUGGCACCAUGUUUAUUGAACAUGUGACCAGAUAACCCGAAUGAAACGUCAUGUGUAAUCGUUGGACAAAGAUGGCGCAAUGAAACGCAACUAUGGUGAUGCGAAUGCAUCUAGCGUUAAUCCUGUAAGGAUUCCGCCAUAUCGUUUCGAGCCAACACAACUAAAUGGGCCUACAGUGAGAGAUCCUCCUUCGGAUGAGAAAGCUGUAGUGCUGAAUGUCAUGUUUUCAGGCACAAAUUAAGACCGUGGUCACACCAGCCGCCACAAUGAUUGUUCAUACUAUUCGGUAACACGCAGCCAGUAUUUUGCCAAGGGCAACUUCAAAAUAAAUGGCUUGACUUGUAUUUGACUGAACUUGCUCAAAUGAAUAAAUGCGGUCUGCGCAGUGUAACUGUAAAUGUGGCUUUCGUGCGCCUACCUUUGUCUUCAUUUUGGUCUCCUUUCUCUCGGAAUUUGC